CGGCCCUCCCGCCGCCGCCCGCCACUCGGAGUCUCGCAUUCGAACCGAACGCACGUCUCUCAGUACCCUUCAAUCGAUAACAAUGGUCGUGAAACUAUCUCCCGCCGCCCUGUACGCGGACGCUUACCCCGCGCUGGCCAAGUCCCGCGGCCGGCAGCCAGACUGCGAGAGGCGGCAGAAACAGUGUGCUCUGCCCGCCCUCGUCGAGGACGACUCGGAGGCUGAAGCGAUGGAGGACGUCCAGGAUCACAAGUACAUCCUGCACGCCGAAGUCUUGCGGCGCCAGAAGUCCAUCUCGCCGGCGCGCCGCGAGAGGAUGCGGCGACAGCUGGCUCUGCCGUCGCUGUCGGAGGACGAGGAGCCCUGAGCUGCAGGAGGCGCAUGAUUUGGAAAGGAUAUAGAUGCUGUGGUCGCACCGACCUCGAAGAUCGCCGGUCCCCGAUCGUCACGCUCGAGCCGGCUCCCACUGGAAGAGAACCCAGGCCCGGGGGAGCCGCAGGAGCUGCAGUGACCGAACCUCGUGACUAGUGUCGACACUGUGUCGCCAUGAACUGUGAAGUGAAACCAAAAUAUUGUAAACAGCGUAUUGUUACCAAAUUGUAUAGUGAUAAGAUAUUGUUAAGGUUUUCCAAAUAAAAGUGUUAUAAACGUA